UGUCAAUUGGGAAUAGCAGCACUGAAUUGGUGCAUUUGUGGUGGAUAUUCUACAGAAUGGCAGCUCAUUUUGUUUUCUUCUUUUCUGAAAUGGAUAUUCUGUGCACACAAAACAAGCUCAUCCGUCUCACUGAAGCUUGCCACAGUACUGUCACAGGUACCAAACCAAGGACAUCCUGGCCUAGAAAGGCCCUGCUCAUCCUCGGGUUCCUCUUUGCUUUGGCUGCGAUUGCCUUAGUUGCGAUGGCAGUGAGUCAGAACAAGCCACUCCCAAAGAAUAUUAAGUACGGGAUUGUGCUGGAUGCUGGUUCGUCUCACACUAACUUGUACGUGUAUGAGUGGCCAGCGGAGAAGGAGAAUGACACUGGGGUGGUGCACCAGGUGGAAGUGUGUAAAGUAGAAGGUCUGGGGAUCUCGGGUUACUCCCAUGACACAGAGAAAGCUGGCCUCUCCCUCCAGCACUGCAUGAAAAGAGCUCAGGAAGUGGUUCCAGAACAGCACCACAGAGAGACCCCUGUCUACCUUGGGGCUACAGCUGGAAUGCGGCUGCUCAGCUUGCAGAACAGAAGUAUAGCUGACAGAGUCCUCUCUGCAGUGGAGAAGACGCUGCGCUCAUCCCCCUUCAACUUCCAGGGUGCCAGAGUCAUCAGUGGUCAGGAAGAAGGAGCCUAUGGCUGGAUCACCAUUAAUUACCUGUUGGGCAACUUCAAGCAGCCUGGCUGGCUGAACUUUCUGCCUCACCUGAGAUCCAGCCGGGGGACAUCAGGGGCCCUGGACCUUGGCGGAGCCUCCACUCAGAUCACCUUUGUACCGGACCAAGAGCCAAUUGAAUCUCAAGAGAACUCACUGCACUUUCGUCUCUAUGGCAAGAACUACAACGUGUAUACGCACAGCUUCCUUUGCUACGGGAAGGACCAGGCUCUGCGCCUGAAGCUGGCCAGUGACCUACAGAGCACACAGAAUGGCAGCCUCCUGGAUCCCUGCUUUCACCCAGGAUAUUUGAGGAUUAUGAAUAUAAGUGACCUCUACACCAACCCCUGUAUAGCUAAUGGUGAGCAGCAGCUUCCAUUCACACAGCUUCACCUCCAGGGGAACGGGGAUUACCAAAGGUGCCGAAUGACCAUCCAGAAGAUCUUCAACACUAGCUCUUGCCCUUACUCCAGCUGCUCCUUCAAUGGGAUUUUCCUGCCUCCGUUACAAGGGGAGUUUGGGGCAUUUUCUGCUUUCUACUUUGUGAUGAACUUUUUAAACCUGACGACAGAGAAGAGCCCAGUCCCUCUAGACAAAGCGACCAGCACUGUGGAAAGCUUCUGCUCCAGACCUUGGCACGAGGUAAAGGCAGAAUUUCCCAAGAUAAAAGAGAAGUACCUGAGUGAAUAUUGUUUCUCCGGGACCUACAUCCUCUCCCUCCUGGAGAAUGGCUAUGGAUUCACCAUGGAGAAAUGGCAAAACAUCCAGUUCCUUGGAAAGAUUGGCAGCAGUGAUGCAGGCUGGACUCUGGGCUACAUGCUGAACCUGACAAACAUGAUCCCUGCAGAGAAGCCCCCGACACGCCCUCUCUCCCAUGCCAGUUAUGUGGGGCUCAUGGUGUUCUGCUCUCUCGUGUUGGUGGCUGUGCUCCUGCUUAGCUGGCUUGCCUUCCACAAACCAAAGUGCCUGCAGAAGGGACUCAUUUAGAGAGUGGCAAAUCCCGCAGUAGAGGCUGUAAUGGGCCCCUGCCACACCAGCUGUCGCACAGAGUUCUGAGGUCACCUGCAGAGCCAGCCUUACCCAGCAGAGUCCCUCCUGCCUUUCACUGAAGCUACUGCCUGUACAAGGGCAUUCAAUCUUCUCCUCUGGCUCACGCCUGCACUGACGGAUGCACAGGCUCCUCUUCUCUGUGGAGAUGUAUCUUGCUGGGAUCCCUUCUUGAAUUGGUCACAAAGCAGCAGCUUUUUGGCUCUUUUUGCUGCUUGUUCUUUUCGGUCUUGUUUAGACAGAGGCAGCAGUAAUCCCUGAGGGAAUUGCUGUGACUUGGAAGCGCCAAGCUGGCUGUGGGGCUAAUCUCAGGGUUAUGCAGGAAGCCAUUGCACUGUGCAGAGAUCUAUUUCCUUUCCCUGGAGACGGUCCCCACAGCCCCUCAGAGCUUGUCUGAGCAGGGCAUCCGCACCAGCGCAAAGCAAGCUUGCUACCCUUGGCCACCUUCAGCUCCUCAGGAGCAUGCUGUGUCCUAGCUCUGCCUACCAUGUAAAACCUUCUGGAUCCCAACUGCCCACUGCUUGGCUGGCCACACAGCCGGACACCAAUAUGGGACAAGCGGAUGUGAGGGGCAAAGGAACAGAAGAUGUUGGGUCUGGAGGAGGCCAGCAGCCUUGGCAAUGGACCUGAAAUACUAGGAGGCAAAAUGUUCCUUCCACAGAAGAUUGCUGUAUAUAUGAAAGGAAACCUCUUCUCUCACCACCUCCCAGAACUUAUCACUGGCCCAUAGCAGGCCCCUGUCCAGAUUGAGUCUGAUGUAAGGGACCUGUCUAUCUGGUCACACACAUUCUUAGCCAGACACCGCUGAUCUCUCCAGGAAUAACUCACAUUGGACAAGGAUCAUUUGCAAACAGCUUGGAUUUAUAGUGUGCCUGCAGGCGGGGUUCCCUGGAGACUGGAUCCUACAGCACACCUACAAGAUUCCAGCGCUUGCAGUGGGACCAUCUCUCUGGCAAUGCUAAUCACACAGAAACCUAGGCCCCAGGGAAGGGUGUUUAGUAGAUCAUGUUCCUUUAAAAGAUACCUGGCACCAGUGUAAACUG